AAAAAUUCCUGUUGUACCUCUAUUGAAUAUCUUUGAUAAAAAACACCUCUUGUUUUCCAGCCGGCACAUCUAGUUUCACUUUCAAAAAUAAAACCGUUUAGAAAUAGAAAAGCGUUCGCCAUGAUCCAAGCGUAAAUUAAAAAUACGUUGAUUUCACGGGCAGUUGUAUUUGAGUUUAGCACGUGUUUUAUGAGGUUUUAAAGUUAAAUUUAAAUGUCGCUUGCUGAUAUUACUGGUUUAACAUUCAUUAUAGAAACUUAGUAUAAAAUUAUACUACGUUUGCGCACCAGCGAAACCAAUAAUAAAAACGAAAUGUCCUGCGGUCCGUUAAGUAGAAAUAGUUAAUUUCCCAAAAUUGAAAUUGUAUUUAUGACAUGUGUUAAUACUUUUGUUUUAGGGGUUUGAAACUUUGCUGCAGGAAUCUAACGAAAUCACUUACAGAGUUGUGCUGGCUGGGUUAGAUAACGGCUACGUUUACUCUGGUUAGAAAAACACUUUGCAACAACUCUAACGGAAAUGGCUAAAAAUACGAUUUAAAGCAAAUUUAAAUUUGUUUUCUUAAAAGCUAACAAGAGUGUAAGUCAUGACCGCAUACGACGUAGCAUAUAAAGUUUUUCUGUCUCUAAUACUUGUCUUGUCUGUAAUGUUAAACACAACUGCCUGCUAUACUAUCUUGAUUAAAGUAAAAAAAAAAGAGUUAGCGCAUUUAUUUAUUCUAAGCAUCUCAUUUACAAAUUUGAUGGAAUCAAUAAUUGGAGUACUACCUCAUGUAAUAACCUCAGGAGAAAUUUUAUCAGGAAGUAACUCAUUGUGCAUAGCAAGCGGUUUUGCAGUGUUUGGAUUCGCAAUAACAAGUAUUUCUCAUUUAUGUAUACAUUCGUUAAACCGAACUGUGGCUAUAAUAUAUCCAAUUUAUUAUUUUAAAUAUCGAAAACGCUUCUGGUACAGAUCAGCUUUAAUAUCACUGUGUUACGCUUAUGGAUUUAUGUGGGCAAGUUUUCCUGCAAUUGGUUGGUCCAAAUACAACUUAGAUGUUGAUAAAAAACGCUGUUCAUUAGAUUGGAAAUUGACUCGAUCAAACUCUCUGUCUUAUAUUUUGUCAGUUCUAAUAUUCUGCAACAUAUUCCCAGGAAUUCUAAUAGUAAUUGGGUUAUUUAGAAGCAAGAAAGUAAUUUAUCGCCGAAGAACUCGUAGUCUCGGACAAAAGGAUGAUAAUCAAACUGAUUUUUUGGAGAAACAUUAUUUGAAAGUAUUUUCGUUGUCUAGUGCAAUGUUUUUUGUAACAUGGACACCUUACGCUCUAGUCAGCAUUUUAGCAUUGCUAAAGAUUGCUCCUCCUCCUUUGCUGGUAACAACUUCAGCUUUGUUAUCGAAACUAUCCACUGUUUCUAAUGUUCUUGUUAACUGCUUUAUCAAUAAAUCAUUUAAAAAACACGUGUUUAGCAUAAGAUUUAUUCAAGACAUAACAAAAAAAGGAAGUGAAUUGAGAAAAACUGCCUAUGUUAUAUUUUUAUAUAAAGACUAAUCUCUUAGUUAGUAUAUCGUUACUUGAGAAAUAACAUAAACUUAUAUUAAAGCCAAUUCGAUACAAUUUCAAUGAUUACAUUGUUUAACCGACAAAACAACGUUGAUUAAACGCUGAAUGUGCGACAACGCUGGUGUGACAAAUUUUACCUUUUUUUAAUAUUGGCAAAAGCGUUAAAUAUAUUUAACAAGACAGUUACUUUCCACGGUGGUUUAGUAAUGCACUUUUAACACGCGCAUGCGUCAUAUUUUGUUCAAACGUUUGUAAACAAAAUCAAUCGCGAUUAAAAGGGAUUUCUUACUAAAGUUGUAUACACUUCAAACUUUAAUUAUUUGUAGAUAAUGCUAAAUUAUUUUUAAGAAAUUAUGUCAAAAAAAUAUUUUAGGUAUGGUAGAUUUUACCAAAGUUAUCACCUAAAUAAUUUUAGAAGGAGAAAAGAUGUGGAACUAAAGUGAAACUUUGUUGUUUUUCUGGGAAAGUUUAACAUGUGCUAACAUUAUGGUCUAUAUUUUAAAGUUGUAAAUUUUUU